CUUAGACACAGUGGGAGUCAGGUAGAAAAGGCAACCCCCAGCCUAGUUCCCAGCCUAGGUCUGUUUGGAUACAUGGCGCGGAUUCCAGUUGUCGUUGUCCAUGCGAGGUGCAGACUUUUCAAUGGCGACUGGGCGGGACCAUGCGGAAAGGGAAAAGAGCCUAGAGGAAUCCCCACGCAACGACCGGGAGUCUCCAGUGGCAGCGGGGUCGGAGCCACGGGCUAGCGGCAACUCGAACCCAGCUGGAAGAGCCGGAAAAUGCUCGUGCGUCAAUUUCGGGCUGAGCAAAGCUUGGAGCUUGGCCUGAUUGCCUUCCCCUCCGCUGCCCACACCAGCCAAAAAACUUCCCCAGACCUUGGGCUUGCAUGGGAGCUGCAGCGGCCGACGACAAUACCACCCUGGAAUUCAGAGCCGGGAGCGAAAAAUGGAAUCACGCACCUGAAACCACAGAGGCCUGAACAACGAACGGUGAACCCCGGCCAGCGACAUGUCGGUCCCAACCCGGCUCGUGCGGCGCUCGCGACCACAGGCCGCAGCCCUCCCGACUCUGUGCCGAAGCCUGGGCUCCGCCAUCGCCGCCGCCUCGUCCCCAAAGACCCCGAGCCGCGCCGCCGCAACAGCAACGCAGACACCCCCGGCAACACCGGCCACGCCGCCGGGGUCGCGCACUAGAGCCACGCUCACGACGCUCCAGGCCGCCAACCCCCGCAAUCUGCCAGAAGUGUGGUUCAGCUCCACGUUCCCCCUCGCCGACGUCGCUCCGCCAGAUGGCGGGUUCGGAAAGCGACCGGAGUCGGGCGAGCGGAAGCUGAAGCUUGGGAAGACCCUACGCAUACUCCAAAAGCACCUCCCGACCCUCCUCCAGUCGCCGCCGCCGCAGGAGAUCCUGGCGCCCAACAUCUCGCUGCACCUCUUCCCGUCAACGCACCAGCACCUGCCCGCCGUCUCGGGCCGCGUCGCCUACAUGGCGGCGCUGUGGACCAGCCCCAUCGCCUGGAACCGCGUGCCCAUCGUCGGCAACGUCCGCCUCGAGAUCCUGUCGGAGCGUAUGGUCAAGGACGAAUGCGUCGCCGGCCGCUCCGGCCCCCGUAGGCAGGGAGCCGUCGGCGAGCAGCUCAUUGUCCGCUGGCGUACCGAGAGGGGUGGCGACGGCGGCGGCGCGGCCGGUGCUGCCGGUGGGGGUAGCAGCAGCAGCAGCAGUCUGAACCCUCUGUCCUUGUUCAAGCACGAGGGCAAGGAGUUCGUCGGCCUGUUCAUCUUCGACUUCGAUAAGGAGGGCAGGAUCUUGAGCCACACCAUCGAGCACGUCGAGGAGGGCGGCAACUGGGAGCGCGGCGUCGGCGCAAAGGUCGUCGGCCUGACGGACUGGCUGCUGGGCGGCAUCAGGAACGGCGGCAGGGGCUCGCAGGAGGGCCCAUGUCCGGCCUUCCACCGCGUUUCCCCGCCCAAGGGUGAGAGGUAACGGUGCAUGAUACACCCCCUGCGAGCUGCAUAUUGGUUCUGCCGGUUUCGCCCUUUCUUUCUUCAGAUCGCUUGCGGCGAGGGCUACACGAUUCCCGCGGACGGUUCGAUCACGGAUAAGAUUGCAUUAUCCCCUGGAACCUCACCAUACUAACCUUAAUCUCCGGCGGGGCCUCACAUGCACUAGUCCAUGCCUAUGCGAUAGACUUUGCAAGUAAAAGAAACGACUGUAUGACAACAACGACGGAAAGAAGAAACUGCCCUGUUGGAUACCGUAUUUCAUAGGGAUUGUAUAUUGGUUGGGACCCAUGCGACCGCCAUGGGCACACUUCCCCUCUCCUUCCUCUGGAUGUGCGACAGGCGGGUCGAGUAUCCUAUGUACAAUAUAGAAAUUAUUGUAUUAUGCAGCAAAAUGGUGACGUUAUAGAUUAUCAUCAAAAGCGGAAAAUAUUAGAGAUGUGCCCGGA